AUGGAACGUUGUGUAUCGAACGCCGGCCCAUGGAACGUUGUGUAUCGAACGCUGUAUCGGAUCGGGCCGGGCCGGGCGCGUAUGGCGCUGUCCGGCCCUUUCCCAACCGGGCCCAGGGAGGAGGCGCUGGGACGGGACUCUGGGGCGGAGCUGGGGCACCGGCCGCCUGUCUCUGCCGGUGCGGAGGCGGCUGCGCAGGGCCCGGCCAUGGCCACGCUGAAGCUGCUGGUGCUUGGGGACAGCGCGGUGGGGAAGUCCAGUCUCUUGCUGAGAUUCACCGAUGACACGUUUGAGCCGCACUUGAACCCCACGAUAGCAAGACCUCGUGUUGAUAAUAAACCCCCACGUGCACAAACUCACCAUCACUUUAAAAUGAGCAAGAUUCAGGAGGACCAGAAGAGAACUGGUAGAAUCGAAAGAGAAAACAAGCAGCUGGCAGAGAGGUUAGCUACCAUUCAGCGUGGGACAGGGAUGGUGGAUUGCUGGAAUGAAUACUUUCAGAGGAGCUCAAAUAGGGAGAAGCAGAACAGGGAGAUGGUGAGGAUCACUGUUGAAAAUCAGGGGAUUUUGAAGCGACUUGGUGACCCUAAACCUACAUAUGAUCGUAGGAAGUCUGAGAUUGAUUGGCAGAAUUCACGGCACUAUAUCCGGAAUACCACACGGUAUCUCAUUGCUUCUCGGGACAGCUAGGAGAUUACACCAGGCAUGGAUAAUACAGCAGAGACUUAGCACAUCUUGAAAGUCCGAUGGCCUGUUAAGGAUACAUAUUACAACUGGCUGAUGUUUUCUUAGGAUUGUAAAAUAAAAUGGAGCAUUGAAUGAAUGCAGUUUUCUUAUAAAAGUGCAACUCCCCACUCCAGCCCCAAAAUCUUCACCAUAUACAUGUCUACUUUUGCCAUAAUUUAUUUUGAAUUUACAAACAAAACUGCACCUAAAAAACUCACAUUGCAAUUCUCCCAAAAUAAUAAAAAGGCAAUUGUGUUUAACUACGGGGUUUGAUGCCUGCACAGGAUAGAAAUGGAGGCAAAGAUCAUUUAUUACAUGAACCACACUGUAAAAAGACAUUUUAGCUCAGUGUUUGAUACCCAUUUAGACCAUGAAAUGUUUUCAGUUAUUGUAAUUUUAAAUAUUUUACAAAAUCUGCACAUUUCCAUUUGUCUUGGUUCUUUUAGCAACUAUUUCCUCUAUUGGGAUCUACUGGACAAUAAAGUAAACUGAAACUAUGUUGUACUUCUACUGCUACCAUUUUGUAAGUGGUUUGAUAGUAAUUCCUGCAUUGAGUAGAUUUCUGAUAUUAUUUUACAGCACAAAGAAGGCAGUUUCAUCUAACCUACAUCCUUGUUCAUGGUGAUACACAGUAUAUAUUUUAUCAUGUCUAGCUGGAUUUAUUAAAGCUGUUAGUAAUCGGCAAUAAAUCUACAGAGGCAUUGAUUAUUUUACACAAAAGCACCAUCUUUCCAUCUGAUAUUCUCACAAAGUCACUUGGUGUGAAAUUUUGCUCUUUAGUUUAAAAUUGCUUUCAAAGAGUUAUGCUCAGUGAUUAUAAAAUAGAGAUGGUGCCUCAACUACCAGCUAUGCUUAUCCAGCAGCUCUGCCUGUGAGCUGCCCCCUCUGGGAUGUGGUGGGCGAGGCAGAGUGUGGAAAG